CGCCACCGCCCUUUCAUUGGCCACAUCUAUCCUCCUGGAGGUGUCAUACAGGUGAAAAGCUCAGCAUCUUGGCCAGGAUUAAAUUUAUCUCAAAAAUGGAAGAAUUUAGCUUCGAGAAUCUCAGCCUUGACUAUUUCUUUGGAGAUGAUAGUAAUUACAGUUACAGCACUGGCAUACCCUCUAUUCUAUCAGAUUCUGCCCCAUGUCGACCAGAAUCCCUUGAAAUCAACAAGAAUGUUGUGAUCACCAUCUAUGCUCUGGUGUUUCUGCUGAGCCUGCUGGGAAACUCCCUGGUGAUGCUGGUCAUCUUAUAUAACCGGGUCAGCUGCUCUGUCACGGAUGUCUACCUGCUGAACCUGGCCAUGGCUGACCUGUUCUUUGCCCUGUCACUGCCCAUUUGGGCUGCCUCCAAGAAAAACGGCUGGACUUUUGGCACACUCCUGUGCAAGGUGGUCUCACUCCUGAAGGAAGUCAACUUCUACAGUGGUAUCCUACUGUUGGCCUGCAUCAGCGUGGAUCGCUACCUGGCCAUUGUCCAUGCCACACGCACACUUAUCCAGAAGCGACACUUGGUUAAGUUCAUAUGUCUGGGCAUCUGGGGACUGUCUCUUUUUCUGUCCCUGCCCAUUGUCCUCUUCCGCAAGGCCAUCCACCCACCCUAUUCCAGCCCAGUCUGCUAUGAGGACAUUGGUAACAACACAACAAAAUGGAGGCUGGUGCUCCGGAUCCUGCCCCAGACCUUUGGUUUCAUCCUGCCACUGCUAGUCAUGCUGUUCUGCUAUGGAUUCACCCUGCGCACACUGUUCGAGGCCCACAUGGGGCAGAAGCACAAGGCCAUGCGGGUCAUCUUUGCCGUCGUGCUCGUCUUCCUGCUCUGCUGGCUGCCCUACAACCUGGUUCUGGUUACAGAUACCCUCAUGAGGAUUGGGGUAAUCAAGGAGACCUGUGAGCGCCGCAGUGACAUUGGCUGGGCUCUGGAUGUUACCGAGAUUCUGGGCUUCCUCCACAGCUGCCUCAACCCCAUCAUCUAUGCCUUCAUUGGCCAAAAGUUUCGACAUGGUCUCCUCAAGAUUAUGGCUACCCAUGGCCUGAUCAGCAAGGACUUUUUAGCCAAGGAAGUCAGGCCUUCAUUUGUUGGCUCUUCUUCAGGGAACACUUCUACUACCCUCUAAGACUCCUUACCCCUCUUCAGCACCUCGGGUUUCCUCCCUUCCUUUCAUCGUCCCAUUCUAAGCCUCAUAUACAAUGACUGUUCACUGUCUCUGUGUCAAGGCAGCCCCCAGUUGUAGUCACAGGAAGGAGCUGAGGCUGCAUGCAUACCAGGCCUCCAUUGUGUGGUUCAGAAAACCUGCCCUUGGUGCCCCACCUUAUGCCCUAAACUAUGCCAACUACUAGAGCUUGGUCUCUCCUACCACUGGGCCCAUAGCACUCUGUUUUCUGAGAUAUUUUAAAGACAUUCUUUUAAGUGACUACUGGAAAUUCUCACCAAUGGAAACCAUUAGUGGCAAACACCAUUAGUUGCUUCCCCAACUGCCAUUUUCCUCCCCUUUCUUCCUUGCCAGCAAAGCUUACCUCCCUUUGAGAGAGGCUGAAAAUGACAGAUAAUCACUUUCUAUGACUCCCUUAAGCUAGGAGUGGCCAUAUACUCCAGUUCUGACUAGUAAUACUUAUGGACGGUAGUGUGCCGGUAAACUGCUCUCCAGGAAAAACAAGUCUAAUUUAUAGCAUUUGCCACUUUCCAUAAUGUAAAUAUUCCCACUGUGACUGAUUUCAAGGAUGACUGUGUUUAUCUACCAGCUCACAGAAUUGCUGAAAAUGUAAUAACCUGAUCUUGUGGGAAGGUUCAAGUCGGCUCCAGUAAACCACUGCUUAAGGGGAAGUCUGCUAGGGUCAGGGGCUCCUAGAAUCUUCUGGGAUUAAGAAAAUAGAGACUCCCAUAACGAGAGCUUUUUACUGCCUUGGCCACAUCCUUGCUCCCAGCCUUUGAAUAUGGCUCUAGGAUAUGAUGUGUGAUCCUGAGGCUGCCCCUUUGUGACAAUGAGGCAAAAAGCCCAACUCAUCAGGUGGAUGGAACCAAAGGAUAAAAAGAACCUGGAUCCAAAAAGGCAAACUUGAACCACUAAGCCAAUCUUGGAACCACCUACUUCCAACUUCUUGUUAAAGAAUUAAAUUUUUUUUAUAUAUUGUUAUAGAUUGAAUUGUGUCCUCCAAAAAGAUAUGUUGAAGUCCUAACCCUUGUAUCUGAGAAUGUGAGCAUAUUUGGAAAUAGAUUCUUUGAAAAUGUUAUCAGUUUUGUUAACAUGAGGUCAUACUGGUGUAGGGUUGGUCCUAAUCUUAUAUGACUGGUGUACUUG